AGAGCACAGGGAGAUCAUCAUGGGGGAGCCAAGCACUCAGCAGGAGAAGAAGCCGCUGAUCAAUAGCAGGAAUGACCCUGUGAAGAACUUCGAGAAGUGGAAGAAGAAAUAUACCAAGAAGAAGGAGAAGUGUAAGAUCCAAAGGAAACAGAGCAAGAAGCCCGAAUGGCAGACAGAGAAGGAGAGCAUCAGCCGCCUGGUGCAGCGUUACAGCGAGAUAAGCGCCAGUGAGAUUAACAGAUUCUCAGACUUUCCCCUGUCCAAAAAAACUAUUCGUGGUCUUGUUGAGGCUCAAUAUCGAUUACCUACUGAGAUCCAGAAGCAGACGAUUGGAUUGGCCUUACAAGGAAAAGAUGUUCUUGGAGCUGCCAAAACUGGGUCUGGGAAAACCCUGGCUUUUCUUAUUCCUGCUCUGGAAUGUUUGUACCGGCAGCAGUGGUCGGCAGACGAUGGGCUUGGAAUCCUGAUCAUCUCUCCCACCAGAGAGUUGGCUUAUCAAACCUUUGAAGUUCUGAGAAAAGUGGGCAGGAGCCAUGAAUUCUCUGCUGGGCUCAUCAUUGGAGGAAAGGAUCUGAAACAAGAAUCGUCGCGCAUCCAUCGCACAAACAUUCUCAUCUGUACCCCUGGUCGUCUCCUGCAACACAUGGAUGAAACAUCAUUUUUUCACACCAGUAAUAUGCAGAUGCUCGUGCUUGAUGAAGCUGACCGGAUCCUGGACAUGGGUUUUGCUGAUACAAUGAAUGCAAUUGUGGAAAACCUUCCCAAGAAACGACAGACCCUCCUCUUCUCUGCAACUCAGACUAAAUCUGUGAAGGACCUUGCCCGCCUCAGCUUGAAGGAUCCGGAAUAUGUUUGGGUUCAUGAGAAGGCAAAGUUCAGUACACCGGCAACUCUGGAGCAGAAUUAUGUUGUGUGUGACCUCCGACAAAAGAUAAACCUCUUGUUUUCCUUUGUGCGUAAUCACCUGAAGAAAAAGAGCAUUGUCUUCUUCUCUAGCUGUAAACAGGUCCAGUAUUUGUUCCGUGUAUUCUGCAGGCUUCGGCCUGGUAUCCCCAUCUUGGCACUGCAUGGCAAACAGCAGCAGAUGAAGAGGAUGGAGGUCUAUAAUGACUUUGUGAGGAAGAAGGCAGCUGUACUUUUUGCUACGGACAUUGCGGCCCGAGGAUUAGACUUUCCAGCAGUUAGCUGGGUGCUCCAGCUGGAUUGCCCUGAAGAUGCUAACACUUAUAUCCACAGAGUUGGGAGGACAGCCAGGUACAAGGAGGGCGGGGAAGCUUUGCUGGUUCUGUUGCCGUCUGAAGUGAAGGGGAUGGCCCGACAGCUGGAGGAGAAAAAAGUGCCCAUUAACGAAAUCAAAAUUAACCCUGAAAAGCUGUUGGAUGUACAAGGACGCCUAGAAGCUUUUUUGGCCCAGGAGCAGGAAAUGAAGGAGAGGGCGCAGAGGUGCUUUGUGUCUUACCUGCGCGCAGUUUACCUUAUGAAGAAUAAGGAAGUGUUUGAUGUCUCCAAACUGCCCCUUGCAGAGUAUGCUAGGUCCAUGGGUCUUGCCGUUGCCCCCAGAGUCCGUUUCCUCCAGAAAGCACAGAGUUCUCAGCCUUCAUUGUCAGGACCAGGUCAGAAGCCGGCAGAAUCGGGUACUGUCAGUGACGAUGAAAUCGAGAGCUUCAAAGCUAAGCUUGGCGGAAGGACUACCACAGAAAUAGAUAAGGAGAGGAGUGACCUCUCCAGUGAAGAAGACGAUUCGGGGGACGAGGAGGCUAGUGAGAGGUUAAAGGCCAAAGACCAAACCACAUUUCAGCUUACAAAUGAAGAGGAUGAUGACGACGAUGACUGCCGAGAUGUGGAGAUUUUUACGGUGAAAAGACGAGAUGUGUUUGGGGUGAAUGAAGGUGAAACAGCACCGGAAGAAGAAAUGACCAAAUCAAGACUUAGGAAGACAGAAAAAUUGACCAAAGUAAAGGAUGCCAAGAAAGCUCUAAAGAAGCAGUUCAAAGUGAACACAAAAAUAGUUUUUGCAGAUGAUGGAGUGGCAGUCCAGCAGUGGCCUCAGGUACAGAAAACUGUAGUCAAAGAUGUGGAGAAUGAGGAAGAUUUAGAUAAUGGCAUCAACCUGGAAAAGGCAAGGCAACGGCUGACAGAAGAAGAUAAGUUUGACAAAGAAGCGUACAGACAGAAGAUCAAGGAAAAACAUAGGGAACGACGACUGAAGGAAAAGGCAGCCCGAAGAGCAGCAAGCAAGAAAGAUGAAAAGGCAGAGGAAGAUGAAGGCGUUGCUUAUCUUGACCAAGACAGCGACAAUGAAGUAGACCUGAGUGCACUACCUGACCCAGACAAGUACCGCGGUUUGGAGGAAGAGGAUCAACCUAUGGAAGAAAGUAGCAGUGACCAUGAAGAUGUUUCACCAAGGAAGAGGACUUUAAGCAGCAGACCAAAAGAAAAGGAAGAAAAAACAGUAGCGGUCAAAAAGAAGAAAACCACACGGAGAUCAGUGGAGUCAUUUGAGCCACUAAACACGGGACUGUCACUGGUGGAAGAUGAGGAGCUGGUCCUACAUCUCCUAAACAGCAGCAGCUAAUUAUUUACCCAACUGUGUUUUUCUUGGCCAUCUUCCCCCUUACAUCAACAGCUCUUUACAAAAUCAAUUUGUCUUCAAUGCAGUUCAGUACUCUGGGACAAUGAUAAAUGAGAACAGCAGAAUGACCUCCAAAUAGCCAGCCUGCAGUAUAAAUACAGCAAGUGCAAUUCCUUAAAGAGCCAUUCUACCUACAGUUGUGUUUGUGUAAAAGGGAGUUUAGGGAUAUAGGUGAAAGUCUGUUAAAGGCUCGCAUGGUAUUAAAAAG